AUGGGUGUGAAUGUGGAAACGAUUUCGCCAGGCGAUGGCAAGACCUUCCCUAAGGCAGGAGAUGUGGUCGACAUGCACUACAUUGGUACACUGCAGUCCAAUGGCAACAAGUUCGACUCUUCGCGUGACCGUGGCCAACCGUUCCGCACAAAGAUUGGAGUCGGCCAAGUGAUUCGCGGCUGGGACGAGGGUGUGCCCCAGCUCUCGCUUGGUCAAAAGGCAAACCUGAUCUGCUCGCCUGACUAUGCUUAUGGACCUCGCGGAUUCCCUCCGAGUACGUGUACAAAUUACUGA